GGCGGGCGGGCGGGCGGGCGGCGGGGAGGCGCCCGCGUCCGAGGCCCGGGCCGGGCCUGAGCGCCGCGCCAUGGCGGAGACCAAGAUCAUCUAUCACAUGGACGAGGAGGAGACGCCGUACCUGGUCAAGCUGCCCGUGGCGCCCGAGCGCGUCACGCUGGCCGACUUCAAGAACGUGCUCAGCAACCGGCCGGUGCACGCCUACAAAUUCUUCUUCAAGUCCAUGGACCAGGACUUCGGGGUGGUGAAGGAGGAGAUCUCUGACGAUAAUGCCAAGCUGCCCUGCUUCAACGGCCGUGUGGUCUCCUGGCUGGUCCUGGCUGAGGGCGCACACUCGGAUGCGGGGUCUCAGGGCACUGAUGGCCACGCGGACCUGCCCCCACCUCUUGAGCGGACGGGUGGCAUCGGGGACUCCCGGCCCCCCUCCUUCCACCCGAACGUGGCCAGCAGCCGCGAUGGGAUGGACAACGAGACUGGCACAGAGUCCGUGGUCAGCCACCGGCGGGAGCGAGCUCGCCGCCGGAACCGUGAGGAGGCUGCCCGGACCAACGGGCACCCGAGGGGGGACCGGCGGCGGGAUCUGGGGCUGCCCCCCGACAGCGCGUCCACUGUGCUGAGCAGCGAGCUCGAGUCCAGCAGCUUCAUCGACUCGGACGAGGACGACAACACCAGUCGGCUGAGCAGCUCCACCGAGCAGAGCACCUCGUCCCGGCUCAUCCGGAAGCACAAGCGGCGCCGGCGGAAGCAGCGCAUGCGCCAGACGGACCGCGCCUCCUCCUUCAGCAGCAUCACGGACUCCACCAUGUCGCUGAACAUCAUCACCGUCACGCUCAACAUGGAGAGGCACCAUUUCCUGGGCAUCAGCAUCGUGGGCCAGAGCAACGACCGGGGCGAUGGCGGCAUCUACAUCGGCUCCAUCAUGAAGGGCGGGGCUGUGGCCGCCGACGGCCGCAUCGAGCCGGGCGACAUGCUGCUGCAGGUGAAUGACGUCAACUUCGAGAACAUGAGCAACGACGACGCCGUGCGGGUGCUGCGGGAGAUUGUGUCCCAGACGGGGCCCAUCAGCCUCACGGUGGCCAAGUGCUGGGACCCAAGCCCUCGGAGCUACUUCACCAUCCCGAGGGCUGACCCGGUUCGGCCCAUCGACCCGGCCGCCUGGCUGUCCCACACGGCGGCGCUGACCGGAGCCCUGCCCCGCUACGGUACGAGCCCCUGCUCCAGCGCCGUCACGCGCACCAGCUCCUCCUCACUAACCAGCUCUGUGCCCGGCGCUCCGCAGCUGGAGGAGGCGCCCCUGACGGUGAAGAGUGACAUGGGUGCUGUCGUCCGGGUCAUGCAGCUGCCGGACUCGGGCCUGGAGAUCCGCGACCGCAUGUGGCUCAAGAUCACCAUCGCCAAUGCCGUCAUCGGGGCGGACGUGGUGGACUGGCUGUACACGCACCUGGAGGGCUUCCGCGAGCGGCGGGAGGCGCGCAGGUACGCCAGCAGCAUGCUGAAGCGCGGCUUCCUGCGGCACACGGUCAACAAGGUCACCUUCUCCGAGCAGUGCUACUACGUCUUCGGGGACCUGUGCAGCAGUGAGUGGGGGCCACGGGCAGAGGGCCCCGGAGGACCCGCCCGCCUCCCCUUACCUGCCCCCCCUCCUGCAGAUCUCGCAGCCCUGAACCUCAACAGCGGCUCCAGUGGAGCCUCCGAUCAGGACACGCUGGCCCCGUUGCCCCACCCGGCUGCCCCCUGGCCCCUGGGCCAGGGCUACCCCUACCAGUACCCGGGGCCCCCGCCCUGCUUCCCACCCGCGUACCAGGACCCUGGCUUCAGCUACGGCAGCGGCAGCGCUGGGAGCCAGCAGAGUGAAGGAAGCAAAAGCAGUGGGUCCACCCGAAGUGCUGGCGGGAGCAGCCGUCGGGCCCUGGGUCGAGAGAAGGAGAGCCGGUCGGCUGGAGCUGGGGGCAGUGGCAGCGAGUCGGACCACACAGCGCCAAGCGGGGCCGGUGGCAGUGGCUGGCGGGAGCGUCCAGCUAGUCAGCUCAGCCGCGGCAGCAGCCCGCGCAGCCAGGCCUCGGCUGCCGCCCCUGGGCUCCCCCCGCUGCACCCCCUGACAAAGGCCUACUCGGUGGUGGGCGGGCCGCCCGGGGGGCCGCCUGUCCGGGAGCUGGCCGCAGUCCCCCCAGAGCUGACGGGCAGCCGCCAGUCCUUCCAGAAGGCCAUGGGGAACCCCUGUGAGUUCUUUGUUGAUAUCAUGUGACCGGGGAGAAUGCCCGCAGCUGGUCCUGCUGUCCCUGCAGGCGGGUGCUGUGCCUGGAGCUGGUGCGCUUGCCUCGGCGGCCCAGCCUGUGCUUAGUGCCGUGGCGUCUGGGCCCAGACAGAAUGGCGGUAGGCGGCAGGCGGGGGCCGAGUAGAGGCCAUUGGCUGCGGGUGCUGGGGCAGGUCUGACCUGCGCCCCUGGGCGUGUGCCUCAGGGACCCUCCCUCACCCACAGAGCUGUGCUCAGGGCCUCAGACUGAGCUUAGAGGUGGCCUGGGUCCCUCCUUCACCUGGUUCACAGGCCCCACCCAUCUUGCCCAGGCCGGAGGCCCUCUCGGGAGUGGGAUCAGAGCCCCGAGGGCCCUCUGUAGCUGCCCAGGGCGGGUGUCUAAUUUAUUUAUUUAUUACCUGGCCUGUGUGCCCUGGGGGCGGUGGCAAGUCAGCUGGCCCCACCCCCAGCCACCGGAGCAGAGUUUGAGGUCUCCCCACGCCUGCAGGGGCACAGGUCGCCUGCAGGGGCACAGGUCGAGUCUGCGAGGGGGUGGGAGGGUUGUGAGGGGGAGUCGGAGGUGGCUGGGGGGCAUAGUCCCGCUGGCAGGAGGGGAUGCUGACCCCCAGGGACGAGGGCACAGAUGCACAUAGCUGCUGCGGGUCGGGGCAGAGGCCUUGGCCAGCUCGCCCUUUCACACUGUCCUCGGGUGGCCGCCACCCCCCACCGCACACGCUACUUCCGUCCCGGCAUCUCUGGCCUGCACACGUCUGCGCUGUAGAUACCGUAUCGAGUCGGCGCGUCCGUCCAGAUAGUCAAUAGAGCUGCUUCUGUGUAAAUGCUAUUUUAAACACUAAAAAGCAUUUAAUUUUA